UUCCUGGACGCGAAUCCCGUCAUGAGCCGUGGUGAAGAGACGCAGAGUAAUCCCUUGGAGUGGAAAGAGAGAAAUAUCCCAGCACCAGCCUGGCUGUGUUAUUAGAGAUUUAUUACGUUGGAUGUCAGGCAAAACCUAGUUCUGAUUUACUGAGGCUGGCUGGUUGGCUGGAUUUGGGGGCUCAAUGCGCUCCGGACGUUCAGCAAGAAAGAGGACGAGGGCUGCGGAGCGCACUGAGAGAGACUCCAAUAGUUAGCGUUGUGUUAAUAGCGGUAAAGUAUGAAGGGAUGUGAGCUGAACAUUUGGUAGAAUGGCACCUUAUCUCACAUGGAUUUCUGAGGGAUGGCAACUUUUCACCACCACCACCACCACCACCACCAUCAGCAGCACUAUCCGAGCGCGGACCUGCGGCGGCUGUUUCAUCGGCUCACCAUCGCGUCCUCUCUAAGCAUACUCUGCUUCUCCUUGGUUUAUCUCCUCACCGGAUGCUGCGAGUCGGAGCUGACAGAAAACUCGGAGAUCAAGCCACCCACGCGCGAGUUCCUUGUCUCAGGGUCUGGAUGGCCGUACGAGAGGAACGGAACCAGCGUUGCCAAGGAGGUUACCACCGCGGUUGGCGAAAGAGCGUUCAUCGGUCAUCCAGGGCUAGAGGCGAACAGCUCCGGUAAAGAAUGGACAGCCACUCGGAGGUUACCCCAGGCUCUGAUCAUAGGGGUUAAAAAGGGAGGCACCAGAGCUCUGCUGGAGUUUCUGCGGCUCCACCCGGACAUCCGUGCCUUGGGGUCGGAGCCGCACUUCUUCGACCGGCAUUAUGCACGGGGACUGGACUGGUACAGAAGUAUGAUGCCCAAAGCCCUGGACGGUCAGAUUGUUAUUGAGAAGACACCUCGUUACUUUGUUACCGUGGAAACACCAGCACGAGUCCAUGCUAUGUCACAGGAUGUGAAGCUGAUUGUGGUCGUCCGUGACCCUGUGACCAGGGCCAUAUCUGACUACACACAGAUCAUCUCCAAGACCCACGACAUCCCUCCUUUUGAGAGCCUGGCCUUCAAGAACCGCACCACAGGUCAGAUCGACUCACUGUGGAGUCCGCUCUGGAUAGGCCUGUACGCCCAGCACCUGGAACGCUGGCUGGCCUGGUUCCCCAGGACUCAAAUCCAUCUGGUCAGUGGUGAGAGGCUCAUCUCCGACCCUGCCGGAGAACUGGGCAAAGUCCAGGACUUCCUGGGUCUUCAGAGGAUUGUCACAGACAAGCACUUCUACUUUAACAAAACAAAAGGCUUCCCCUGUCUGAAGAAGCCGGAGGGCAGCAGUAAACCUCACUGCCUGGGGAAGACAAAAGGGAGGACACAUGCCUCCAUCGACCCAGAGGUGAUGCAGAGACUGAGGGAUUUCUACAAGGUGCAUAACCAGCGCUUCUAUCAGAUGGCAGGCCAGGACUUUGGAUGGCAGUGACCCUUUGAUUGUGUGGAACCAGAGGCUUUUGUUGGCAUUACGCUGCUUUGGGUAGAAGCAUGAGCAAUUCUUCUAUCUGACUGAAACAGAAAAAGACUUGAAACAAGCUAGUGCAAACCGCUGAUUAGCUUAUAAGGCUAGCCUU